ACGGAGUCUCAGCGUUCGGUUUGGGAAGGUUGGCUCAGCUGCUCGCUGCAAGGCUGUGGCCGAGGAUUGGCUGUUGAGGAGCUCAGAGCACUUUCUCCGGGGAACUGUGGCUGCGAUCCAGGUGGCUCCGGCCAGGCUCCGGGCUGCGAUCUGCCCGCCUCGGGCAGCCAAGGCAACCAGAGCACCGCGAUGGGGACCCCGGCCUCAGUGGUGAGCGAGCCACCUUUGUGGCAGGUUUCAACUGAGGCCCGGGGCCGCAAGCAGGCCUCUGCUAACAUCUUCCAGGAUGCUGAGCUGGUGCAGAUCCAGGGCCUGUUCCAGCGCAGUGGGGACCAGCUGGCUGAAGAACGGGCCCAGAUCAUCUGGGAAUGUGCAGGGGAUCACCGCGUAGCUGAGGCCCUGAGGAGACUGCGCAGGAAAAGGCCCCCAAGGCAGAACCACUGCAGCCGCCUGAGAGCACCAGAGCCUGGUUCUAUAGCGGCCGACCUGCCGGACAGUGCCACUGGCACAGCGUCAAGUGAGCAGCUUGGGAACUCCCGGAGGACAAGUGCCAGAGUCCACCGAAACUGGAAUAAGCCAGGUCCCACAGGUUACCUCCACCAGAUCAGACACUGACCCAGUGAAGGGGUAGGGAAGGCCUCCUCAGAUACUGCAGGGACUUUUGCCAAAGGGCUUAUGGAGUUGCAAGAAGGUCUGAGCAGGACCCUGUCUAGGUGGUAAAAGCAGUAAUAAGAAUGUCGUCCUCGGUUCAGAGCAGAACCAGCAUCCACUGGACUCUGUACCAUGUGGAACCUGCUCUUCUCAGUGAGGUGAUAACGAGGCUGCAUGGCAUCCCCCUGGGAUAAAAGUGUGCUCAGAGGCAGCAUCUCACCAUUCUGCCACUAACUGCCAGUUACUGUCACCAUGCAGCAGCCAGCUGUCUCACACCCUUGUGCCAUAGGCCAGUGCAAAGGGAAAACUUGUUUAUGUGGAAAAUAAAA